UGCAUAAACAUCAUCAGCCAUCAUCACUUUAUCUGUAAGACCCACUGCGUUCGUUUGCCCGCGCGGCUAGUUAGUUCGCCCUCCCUCUGUAAUCUAUCGAUUGGUGCUCUGAAAUUGUUGCUUUCAUGUCAAUUCACUACUCAUCUCGAAAAUGUUUUACAAAUUGCCUGUUGGGUCCAAGCGUCCAACACUAUUACUGGUGUUGUUGUUAUUGUUGUCGCUGUUUUUGUUAUUUUUGAUGCUGUCUCUUGAUGAACUGUUUUAAAAUAUGGGGCAAAUUGAAUGUUGUUUUUUCGUGGUAAUUGUUUUUCGUUUAUUGGUCAAACGAUGUUGUUGUUAUUAUUAUUUUGUUUUUUUUCUUCUUCGGCGAUGUGAAGUUUUUAUAAAACCAUUUGGUGAACUCUGCGAUGAGAUUUUUGGUGGAAAUUCCAAUUCUCAUGGUGAGCUCAAAAAAGUCAAAUGUUUCAAAUUGUUUUGUAUAAAUUUACCGAACCGAGCUUGGCAUAGCAUCAGUAUCAGUUGUUGUCUUCGUAGGCUUCGUUCCAUUUCGAGUUCAAACCAAUUAAGGCGGCAAUCCAUUAACACGAAAUUGAGCUAAAUUUUAUUGCAUUUUCGUUUUGAUUGAUUGCCUGGGAGGACUAAUGAUGAGGGCAUUUAUUUUGUAUUCAGUUUUGAUGGUGGCUGCUGUAAUGGCACGUCCCGAGCCUCCAGUGACCUAUCUGCCUAGCCAGCAGCACAACCAAAGAAUUCUACCAGCAAAUAGCCAUCCAGCAAAACCUCAUGUUUACCAACAAUUGCCCAGUGACAAUAGCUUCACCAGCUUUGCUGCUGCCACCCCAGUCACCAAUGCCAAUAAAUUGCCAGCAGCUAUGCCCUCCCAAGAAGAUUCCUACAAUGCAGCCUAUCGUCAUUCCAUGUCAACUCAACAUCAAUCUGGUUAUUCCAAUGGUCCUAUGGAAACCCAAGUCCACAAACAUGUCUACGUUCAUGUUCCACCCAAGGAAUUCGAGGAAGAAGAGGCCAUCCAGCCACGUGUAACACAUCAAAUGGGACCCAAACAGAAACAUUACAAAAUUGUAUUCAUCAAGGCUCCAUCUGCACCGGUCAUACGUGCUCCAAUUGUUCCACCAACACCACAACACGAAGAAAAGACCCUCAUCUAUGUGUUGCACAAGAAGCCAGAGGCCCAAGCCGAUAUUGUCAUACCAACUCCUGCACCCACCAAACCUUCGAAACCAGAAGUAUUCUUCAUCAAAUAUAAGACCAAGAAGGAAGAAGCUCCUGUCUAUGGUCCACCACCCGGCACAUAUGCCAGUGAACCUCGUCAAGCUGCCGAAGCUUCAAACGAAUACGUUUCGGUUGUUCCCAAUGAUAACGCUGACUUUCCUCACAAUGUUGAAGAAGACAGCGAACCUCAGUACAUGAACAUUGAACAGACUCCCGAAUCAUAUGUUGAGUCAUCCAUGACAGCUCGUUCCGAUGAGGACGUUGUCGAACCUGAACAACAGUAUUUGGCUCCCGAAAUGAGUUCCACACCCAUUGUUGUAGCUGAGGCCGAGGAACAGCCUCGUACUCCAGCAGCUACUUAUGGCUCUCCUGCUCGUUACUUCAUUAAGAGAAGAAAGUAAGCAGGAAGAUGCUAUGGUGCCAUUGUGGACCUUCAUAGGGCCACUUAUUGUUAUUUUAUUAUUAAGGACCUAGAAAAUUGUUGUUACUCAUAUACCCAUCAAACACG